GUCUAAUGGUUUCUGUUGUGAUACAACUGAUUGUUUCGUUUGCCGAUUGUAAUUAAUUUUAGGACCAAAUGAUUAAUUGUACAGUUUUAAUUGUUAGACUUUUAAGAAUCAAGUCUUUCUUUUUAAAUUAUCAAUCACUCUCCCUACUUACACUUGAGUGUUUAUGUAACUAUGACUCCAUCAGCUGAUAAGGAACUGAACUUGUUUAUGUUUUCACCCAAAGGAAUUGUCACUUAUUCAUGACUAAUUAAUUGUUAACCUUUUAAAUUUUUGUAAAUUUUUGUUUGUUUUCUUGUUUCAUUGAGAAUCAAUUUUCCUUAUCAAUAUCAUCAAAAUGAUUGAAGAAAACGAGUCUGAAAAUUGUGAUAUAAUAAUAAUAGGCGCUGGUAUUUCCGGUGUUUCUUGUGCCUACCAUUUGAUUGUUGAAUCAAAUUACAAGGGAAAGGUGAUUAUACUGGAGGGACGUAAUCGAGUCGGUGGACGAAUCGUUGGUGAAACAAUUGGUGGUAAAAAUAUUGAAUUAGGAGCCAAUUGGAUCCACGGGAUAAUCAACAAUCCAAUUUACAAUCUUGCAGUUCGGUAUAAACUGAUUGAUCCUUUGGACAUUAAUGGAUUGUCUUGUAAAGAUGAAUUCACACGAAUGGGUGGCCUCACAUCGGCCGGUGACCCGGUACCUUACAAGACAAUUGUUUCCGUUUACAAGUUGUACUUCGCCAUGUUGAAGAAAUGUGAAAACGUUUACGUUGGAAUCAAAAAGGGAAACGUUUUCCAAGAAGAGACAACCAAUGAUUCUGUUGGUAAAUGGUUGAAGAAAGAGAUUGAUAAAUAUUUGGAUACUCUUAAUGAACAAGAUAGAAUUUUAAUCUCUUCCAUUUUCGCCAAUUUCAUGGCUCGAGAAACGUGUAUUUCGGGCUGCCAUUCAAUGGAUCAAGUGUCUCUACCUUAUUUCGGUGCCUAUGAAGAGCUGCCUGGAGGCAAUGUCACAAUACCUGGAGGUUAUGGUCAGUUGAUUGAUUGUUUACUUGACGAGAUUCAGUUUAAAUUACAACGAGAUUCGAGACCAGAAAAAUUUCAACUUAUUCUUAAUCAUUCGGUUACUAAUAUUCAUUGGCCUGGAAUUGGUUCUACUUCGAGCCAAUCAACUCGUGUAACGACCAGUACGGGGAAAAUAUAUUCCUGUGCCCAUGUUGUCAGUACAAUUCCUUUGGGAGUCCUUAAAGUGACCCAUGUCGACCUCUUUGAUCCACCUUUACCUCAGUACAAAUCUGAAUGUAUCCAACGAAUGGGCUUUGGAAUAGUUGAUAAAGUUUUCAUCGAAUUCAAUGAAUCAUUAAGCCCAAAGUUUAUCGAUCCAACGUUAACUGAGAUUCUAACAUUUUGGUUACCUCAAGACCUUCAAUCAGUUGGUUGGGCUUCGAAAAUAUAUUCAAUCGCUAAGGUUAGUGAUCGAUGUCUUUUGGUCUGGUUAUCGGGAGAGGAAGCGAUCGCCGUUGAAACCGAACAAGUGACCAAAGUCAAAACUCAUCUGGUUCAACUUAUUAGAAAGAUAUUGAAAGCACCCGAUCUUCCAGAUCCAAUUAACUUAAUUGUUACUCAAUGGAAACGAGAUCCUUUCUCUCAAGGAUCUUAUUCUUACAUAGCCUCAGAAUCUUCUGUCCAUGAUAUUGAAAACUUUGCACAACCAAUUUACUCGAAUCCAGGUCAAGAGAAACCCGAUCUUCUAUUCGCUGGUGAGGCUUGUCAUCCCUCUUUCUUCUCAACGGUUCAUGGGGCUUUUCUAACAGGAAGAAAAGCAGCUCUCUAUCUGAUCGAUUCCGAGGUCAACAACUCGACCUCAGAAUCUUCAAAGAAAUUAAGUAAUCUUUGAUUUCUCUCAAUGGAAAAUCAAAGAGAAAAAAGUUUCCAUUCAAAUCGGAUUGUUUUUUGUUUCAAUUCGUUGAAAAAAAAAAUUGUAAUAGAUUUUAGCUCAAUUCUAUGCAAUUAAACUGCUGAUUGCACCAAGCAAA